AUGACACCUCGAUAUCGGUCGAUUCCACACGAGACAGACUGGUUACUGCGACCUGGGAACAGUAACAACACUGCGCCAACAAAGUCGCGUUCCCACCGGAUCGCCGCCCAUCUGACCUCGGAAAUCAACCCUCACUAUGGAGAUCUACUGCUCUUGUUCUGCUAUGUCAUUACCGGUCUACUUGACAGUUCCGCAGUGUUUAUCUGGGGCUCCUUUGUGAGCAUGCAAACAGGCAACACCGUGUACCUGGGCCUGGGUCUGAUCGGAGUAGACGAGAGCACCCGCUGGAUCAAAGCCGGCGUCUCCAUUUUCAGCUUCUGCCUGGGGUCCUUCUGCUUUGCCUCUUUCCACCGGCGGUUUUCGUCGCGACAGCGCUGGGUGCUUUGUGCUUCAUUCACCGUCCAGAUGCUCUGUGUAGCAGUCGCGGCGACCAUCGUGACCGUUCACCGUCCAUCCAGAGACUCGGAAUUCGGUUGGAAAGUCCUCGCGCCUCAAGUUCUGGUCGCGUUCCAGAGUAGUGGACAGGCUGUGACGAGCCGCGUCCUGCAGUUUAAUGGGUUAACCAGUGUGGUGCUUACCAGUAUCUACUGUGAUUUCUUCUCCAACCCCAAGUUUCCGUCGCUUUCUGCGGUCGAGGAGAGGAGGCGCGCGGGCGCGAUUGGCUCUUUAGUCCUUGGAGCGGUUUUAGGAGGCCUCUGGGCUAAAAGCCCGAUUGGAUUGAUGGGAGCUUUGUGGACGGCAGUUCUAUUUAAGGGGCUGAUUGCCGUCGCCUGGCUGGGAUGGAAAGCACAGCAGGUUGAUGAUUGCGAGUGCACAUGA